GGGCGGGCGGUGGCGGAGCUGAGGAUCGCAGUGCUCCGCUGUGCUCCGAGGUCGGCGGCGGCGACGGCGGCGGCGGCGGCGGCGACGCACACAAAAGCGGAUUGUGGCUUCACUGGUGCUCGCGGCGGGCGGCAGCGGGGCACGGGCGGCGGGGCGUGUCGGUGGCCCCCGCGGGCGCGGCGCGGGCGAUGAGCCGGGGCCCGGCAUGGCCUCCGCGCGGCCGCCGGGCAGGGCCUGUGCCUCGGCGUCCGCGCCCGCGGGGCUCCGGGCUGGGCCGGCCGCCUCCCGGGAGUCCGUGGACAGCAGCGAAGCGGAGGAGCGCUCGUUGCAGCACAUGCUGCGCGCCAUAGCCGAGGAGCGCGGACGCCUUAGCCUGCGCCGUGAGGUCUGCGGCCUGGGUUGCUUCAAGGAUGACCGCAUCGUCUUCUGGACGUGGAUGUUCUCUACCUACUUCAUGGAGAAACUGGCUCCCCGACAGGAUGACAUGCUCUUCUACGUGCGCAGGAAGCGAGCCUACCCAGGCAACGAGGGCACCAUCGAUGGGAGGAAGGCUGAGGCUGAGCCCGAGGUGGAGGUAGAAGUGUACCGGAGAGACUCUAAGAAGCUUCCGGGCCUGGGAGAUCCUGACAUCGACUGGGAGGAGAGCGUCUGCCUGAACCUCAUCCUGCAGAAGCUGGACUACAUGGUGACCUGUGCUGUGUGCACGCGUGCCGACGGGGGUGACAUCCACAUCCACAGGAAGAAGUCCCAGCAAGUGUUUGCCUCCCCCAGCAAACACCCCAUGGACAGCAAAGGAGAAGAGUCCAAGAUGAGCUACCCCAACAUCUUCUUCAUGAUUGACAGCUUUGAGGAGGUGUUUAGUGACAUGACUGUGGGGGAAGGAGAGAUGGUUUGCGUUGAGCUGGUCGCCAGCGACAAAACCAACACGUUCCAGGGUGUCAUCUUUCAGGGCUCCAUCCGAUACGAAGCACUCAAGAAGGUGUACGACAACCGCGUGAGCGUGGCUGCUCGCAUGGCCCAGAAGAUGUCAUUUGGCUUCUACAAGUACAACAACAUGGAGUUUGUGCGCAUGAAGGGGCCUCAGGGCAAGGGCCAUGCAGAGAUGGCAGUGAGCCGAGUGUCCACCGGUGACACAUCCCCCUGUGGGACCGAAGAUUCAAGCCCAGCUUCGCCCAUGCAUGAGCGGGUGACCUCCUUUAGCACCCCGCCCACCCCAGAGCGAAACAACCGGCCUGCCUUCUUCUCACCGUCCCUCAAGAGGAAGGUGCCAAGGAACCGCAUCGCCGAGAUGAAGAAAUCACACUCAGCCAACGACAGCGAGGAGUUCUUCCGAGAGGACGAUGGUGGAGCCGACCUGCACAAUGCCACCAACCUGCGGUCUCGGUCCCUGUCCGGCACAGGACGAUCCCUUGUCGGGUCCUGGCUGAAGCUAAACCGAGCUGAUGGGAACUUCCUUCUCUAUGCACACCUGACCUAUGUCACUUUGCCGCUGCAUCGGAUCUUAACAGACAUCCUGGAAGUACGGCAGAAACCCAUCUUGAUGACCUAGUGUGUGUGGAGCCUGCACGGAGCCCCGGCCCUGCCUGGCCCUGGGAAUGCUGCCAAGUGCCUACCUGUCACCGCCAACCGGGGUCUUCUGUGACAAGCCAGCACCGGAGCUACAGCCAGGCAGGGCCACUCGACUCCCGGGGCCAGGGCCGACUCCAUGAACACCAGCCCAAACUGAAGUGCCUCGUCCUCCCUCGCUGGCUCUGCUCCCACCCUGUGCCCGCGCUCAGCCCCCUCUGCCUAUCUGAGAGCCUUCUGCUCCCAAAGAGGGCCAGAGACACCAAGAGAUCAUAGAGAGCGUGAGGGGCUGCCAGCUUCCAGAAUGUUCUUAGACCUCCCAACCUCGGCUCCCGUACCCCUGCUGGGGCUCUGUGCCAGGCAACUGUCCACACAUCCUACACAAAGCCAGUGGAAGGUUUUGUAAUGCAGUACUGACGAACUUCAGCUCGAGAGUUGGUCCCAACUUGUUCCCCCAGAGUUCUUGUCACAGUGGGUCCCAGCUGGGGGUCAGGGGACAUGAGCUGUUUGUCAGCUGGGAAUACCUCGCCCUAUGCCCAGCUCCAGAAUGGGUCUCAACCUCCAGCUGGGCAGACAGUCCCCGAUCCCCCAGAAUGGCCUUUGCUUCCAUCCAAAGAACACCGCCAACACACACACCUCCGACCCCGAGACGUCCUGCGUUGAUCUCGGCUCUCCGGAGGGACGCAGAAUUCGGUUCUGAAGGAAAGUGGGAGGGUACUUCUGCUGAGGGAUGUCUGAUGGGGACCGGGGUGGAACCCUCCUGGGAAGGUUGUAGGCAGAACCACCCUGGGGCCAGAGCUUAGAGCGAGGCUGGUGCUGUCCCCUUUGCCCCGUGCUUUGGUCAGCAUGCUGGUCUUGUCUUCAGCCUGGCUUUCUAGGCAGAGAGGAGACCAGGCUUCUCAUGAGUCUGCAUUGUCCUCGGUGGGUGCAAGUGGCCAUGUGGGUCAUCAGCCCACGCCUCACCCUGGCAGUGUGCUCUAACUGAGGCCUCCUCUACCCAACUGGAAUAAACUGGAAGCUGGGCCUCCUGUUGCUGCUGGGUCUAGUGCCCCAGAUCCAGAGAGCUCAGCUGUGUAUGUCGAGCUCAGUCCCUCUGAGUUGGAGAGCAGGCAUGGGAGCGCGGCUCCUGUCUGGCUCCAUUCCUUGGUCUCUGGGAGUGGGCACUACUUUGGGGCUUUCUCCAGAUUUUGUAUGUUGUUAUUAAAAGCGAGCUAUUGCAUUUCAUUCUGCCUCAGUUUGCCCACCUGUAAAAUGGGGCUGAUACCACCUACCUCACUGAAGUUGCCAGGGUUCAAGUGCAUGGCUGGGUCAGGGUUUGCUCACCUGUCAUUCUUCGUAGCUCGGUUGGGUCUUAGCUGUUACGCAGUGAGGAAGCUUGCCUCCCCUGCCUGCUCUGAAAUAACUCCUUCCAAAAGCACGGACGAGUAGUGUAAGCUUAGACACUGGUACUGUGCUGGAGCCUGGGUCCCGAUGCUAAUCUAACCAUCACAGCAGAUUCACAUCCUGUUCUGGAAUGCCAGAGUACCUCAGGUUUAUGGGUGUGGCCCUCCGGUCUAGGAUAGCCAUUCCUCCUGUAGGGCGUGUGAAUGCUGUCCCCACAGUUUUAUCUAGGGAGGUCACAGACCUGCCACUUCAGGAACCUGGCCAUUCUGUGGUCUGAAUACAGGGGAAAUAUAUCUUAGGGGAAAUAUAGCUUAGUGUGGCUUCUGUGGAAGACUGAGGCAGUCUAGGGCUUAUUGUAAUUCCAUGGCUUCUCUUCUGGGUGUUCCCUCUACCAGAGCUCAGCCAUACUCUCUUGGCUGGACUAACGGUGAGUACAAGCACUUUGACUCUGUGUGGCACUCAAGCAUACUGAUCCCCGCUCAGGUACCACCAUUCCCUACGUAGAGGAGGGAAGCACCCUAGAGACACUGUACAGUGGCAGGAGGCAAGCUUGGCCUGCGCCCCAGCCUAUGGUUUGAACCAUACGGCUGUCCUCGAGGACACAACUAGACAUUUAUUUGGUCGCAGUUCCUCUUUCUCCAGAGGGCACUUUUGAGUUUCAAACAUGUUCAGAGGCCCCUUGAGAACUGGGUUAGGAUUCUGACAUCAGAGGGCAUGACAUGGUGGCACUUGUGUGCAAUCCUAGCCCUGGGGCUGAGGCAGGAGGAUAGUUUCUGGACAGCCUGGGCUACUUAGCAAGACCCUGUCUCAAAGUGACAAAUGACAGCAGAAGCACCCAGAAUCCUGGGGAUGACAGUUUGGCUUCUAGGGCUGUCACUGAUUUUCUUGGGGACAUGUCUGGCCUCACACAACACAGGGUGACAAGGAACAACUGGAAUUCAAGUGCAGUUGUGUUGUGCGGAAACCUAGGUCCAGUCUUCAGGACACUCAGAAACAAAUGCUGCUUCCUGUGUGUCCCUUGGAGGAGGCAUUCCUGUUUGUUCAGGUAGCAUCCAUCUUGCCUCCUGGGAUCUUGCUAGCAUCCAGACUGCCUACAGUGAGGUAGCCCAGGCUCAUUAUCCCCCAAAGGAUUAUUAUUGAAAACACAGGCAAAAAAUAAAUACGCUAGGCAUGGUGGCAGCCAGGUCUACAUAGCAAGUUCGGGACAGCCAGGGCUAUAGAGUGAGACCUGUCUCAAAAACCAUUUCUUUUGAGACGUCCUAUCCCCUGUGUAUUUAGUUGGUCCAGUUGUGUGUUUGUGUGUGUGUGUUCAUAUUCAUAAGUUUUAAAUUUCUGGUCUAAACUCUGGAUGUGCUGAGUUUUAGGUCCUGUCUGUUUUCCACAUUGGCUGUUUUUUCCCACUUUAAAGUCUGAGUAUCUUAACAUCACCCCGUCACACAGCUUCUCUGUUUAGGUUCCCUUACCUUUGUAUCGUUAAGUAGGGCUGUCCCUGUGGACACGGUGACCCUAAAAAGUAAAUAUAACACUCAAAAGGGACAUGAAUGUGCAGGUACCAUGGGUCUGGGUUCACCUGCUUCAUAGAAGUCGCUGACCUUGGCACGCGGCAGGUGCUGCCUUCUGUGGCUGGACCUGAAGAGUGGAGCUGGGGUCUGGAGACCUCGUGUAAAUAUCGUGAGCUUGAACCAAAUGUAGCCUCUUGGGGCCUCUGCAUUGGCCCUUCCAGGGAGGAAGUCAGAAUGCUGCCCUGUCCUUGUAGGUGAGGAGUGGUGAGUAGAUGCUGACACGCACCUCCCAACCUUCCUCUGAGCCCCUGGGACAAACAGCCACUGUUAGAACAUCACACACGAAGUGAUUUGAUAGCCUGUGGCUGGGGUGGAGAUCUGAGUUCUGUAAUAGGGAGAGCCCCACAAGUGGAGGAAGCCAUGGAGUUCGGUGUUUAUCUACUUCCAAGGUGACUUCAGGCCAUGAGUUGCCAAUAGGGCUCUCUUGUUUUUGAAGCAGGGUCUCUAUAGCCCAUGCAGGCUUCAAACUUAACUGUACAGCAGAGGGUGAUCUUGAACUCAUGAACCUCCUUCCACUUCCAUGUGUUGGUGUUAACAGGUUUCCACCACCAUGCCGGUUUUAUGCUGUGCUAGGGAUACUCUCAUCCUCUGGGCUGCUCCCCUCAGCUCUCUUACCUUCUUUUGACCUCAGCCCCUUCCUUUGUAGAUCAGGACACUUGAUGCAAAUAGCAGUGUUCUUUCUUUCAAAAUUGUUAUAUGAGAAUUUACACUUACAAAAAUGUUUUUUGCUACUUCAAAACUUCUGAUUUCUACAAAAACAAAUUUCAAUGAAGACAUGAGGUAGCACACAUAGAAUGUGUUAGUGUGUGAAUUAUGAGUGGCUUUCCCUUGAACACCCACAUCCAACAGGAGGCCAGCCUCUCAAGGCAGGCUUAGUGGUGGCUGUUGACUUUGUGAUUCCAUCUUUCUUUGAGACAUUGCAUUAUAUUUUAGAGACAUUUAAAGUGAAUUUUCUUUUAAAUGCCCCAAUCUUUAAUACGUGUUUCACAUUAAUACAAACAAACAGCAAAUCAAGGGAAUGACCUUGACUUUGAUAACAUUAUGAAAAUGGUAUCUCCUGGGGCUGACAGACGCCAUCCCGCAUACUGGUUGGUCUGUGAAGACCCUGUGAGGGGGAUAGUGACCACCCUAGCCAGAGUGUGGGCAUUUCCAAAGCUGACCACAUGAUAAAUUUUGGGCUCGGUUCUGUGCUCCCAUGAAAAUACACCCUGGCAGUGUUUGUACUGCAAACUCUCAAAGCUUUUCUAAGAGAACCCCCUAAAAACCAUCACAGUAGCAGGAAGAUAGCUGGAAUAGAAGUUGGGACCCAAAAUGGGAGUUUAGAAAAGAUCCUGGCAGGCAUCUGACUUUCCUUGUUGCGGGAGCUCCUCUGCAGUGGGGGUGGGGGGAGGGGGGAGGGAGGAGCAUGGAGGGUGAGAGCAUCUGGCUGGCUUUUUCUAGGGCCUGUAAACAACACGGGUCAGAAAUAUAGCCACCUUCCAUGCAAAUGGGUUUCUAAAACAUGCCAAAUGACUUAUGUCACAAAGAAUAGGUCCUAAUAUACUGUAUACCCCAGGGUUAGACCUGCAGUGGAGACAGAGAAAGGGAGACUGAGAGGACAUAUAGUAAGGAACCAGGUUUUUCUGAACUGCUACCUCCAACUACAAGGAGGUGGGAAGGAGGCAGCGGCUUGGCAGGAAACCCAUGCCCUUUCAAGUGGCCUGAAGCCUCUGCCCUGGAAGCUGGCUGCCCUGCUGGCCUUCCAUCUCCCAGCUGCCUUGGGAGGGCAGUUCUGCUCUCAGGUCUUUUAUCCUGACUCAUUCAUACCUGUAAGGAGCCGCUGUCAGCCUGGAAGAGAAUGUUCCCCGGAAAGGAAAGGAGUGUAAAAUAAUGCAGUCUCUGUAGCUCAUUGUAUAUACCCAUGUCAACUGGAGACAUCAGACUUUGUGCUUGUUAAAGGGAAGGAAGCUGGGAAAUGUGAGGAAGGAGAAGCUUGCUUUGGGGAUGGGCGAUGAAUGUUCCUGUUGUUAAGUGUCACCCACUUGCCUCCUACAGCCUCAUGUAAGCCAGGGAGCCAUCAAAACUUUUCUCUCUUCUAUGUGGAUGGCUCUUUCAUUUUGGACUCUGACUUUAAUAAAGCAAUUAGGUUGCUCAGUUUGAAAUAA